CAUACAUUGCUUGAAUAUGGCCGCCAGCACAACUGUGACGUCCAAACAGCAAGCUAAAAAGUUAGCCAAUCAUAAAAUCAAAAGCGUUCCUCCACAGGACACUUUGCGCCACAUGUGUGAAUAUUGUGGUUAUAGGACGCGCAUAUUUGGAAAUUUGCGCACACAUAAGCGACGGCAUACAGGCGAGAAACCAUUUCGUUGCAAUAUAUGUGAGGCAAGUUUUGCUGCACGUUAUCAGCUUACAACGCACAAGGAGCGGCACAUGGAUGCGGCGCAGCGACGUAGACGUUACCAAUGCCAGGAUUGCAACAUGGGAUUUUUAAGUUCACGGGCACUCUAUCAUCAUAGGCCACUGCAUAAGCUGGACAAGCAAUUUAAGUGCACAGCCUGUGACAAAUCCUAUUCACAGGCAGCUGGCUAUGCGCAGCAUAAGCGCUGGCAUCGCCAGCAAAAUGAACGAGCCACAGCAAUCACUAAGUAAAUUCAAAAC